GUUGCUGUGCUUGAGGUUGGAGGGAGUAGUGAUCAGGAAAGAUCACCUCCCAGGAAGAUGAACCUGUAUGAGUGAAGGAGAACCUGGCCUACCAGGAUGGAGGGGCAUGCUGAAAUGGAGAUGCUGAGGACACUGAAGGGGCCCUCCUCAGGGGAGGUCAGCGUGCACCUGGUGGCCAGAGACAGCCCAGGUUCAGGCCCUCACCUGCCCGCUACUGCCUUCAUCAUCCCAGCCAGCACGGCCACCCUUGGCCUGUCCAGCAGUGCCCUGGAUGUGUCCUGCUUUCCGCGGGAGCCGAUCCAUGUGGGCGCCCCAGAGCGAGUGGCCGGCAGCGUACCUGUCACGGCCACGGUUCUGCCGCAGUUAAGCGCCGGCCCGGCGGCCAGCUCCAGCGGCAGCACAGUGCGGCUCCUGGAGUGGACAGAGGCCGCGGCCCCGCCCCCUGGGAGCGGCCUGCGGUUCCGGAUCAGCGAGUACGCGCCGCUGAACAUGGUGGGAGCGGAGCAGCCCCCGAGCCCCGAGCUGCGUCAGGAAGGCGUGGCCGAGUACGAAAAUAGCGAGGCCCCAGCAGGAGGUGGCGAUGCGGGCACCCACCAGCCUGCGGACCUCCCCCAGGACCCUCCAGAAGAUCCCCCUCAGGACCCCCCAGAGGAUGAUGGCACCUGUCAGUGCCAGGCUUGCGGGCCUCAACCAGGCACCGGUCCAGAUGCUGGUUCCUCCAGUGAUGGCUGCCCCCCGCUGUACCAGGAGCGGUCAGUCAUAGUGGAGAACUCCUCAGGCCAGAACUCCUCCUGUGCCAGCACUUCUGAGCUCCUCAAACCCAUGAAGAAGAGGAAGCACAGGGAAUACCAGAGCCCAUCAGAGGAGGAGUCCGACCCAGAGGCCAUGGAGAAGCAAGAAGAAGGAAAAGAUCCAGAGGGACAGCCCACCGCCAGCACCCCAGAAAGUGAGGAGUGGAGCAGCAGCCAGCCUGCAUCAGGGGAGAAGAAGGAAGGCUGGUCAUGGGAGUCCUACCUCGAGGAGCAGAAGGCCAUCACUGCCCCUGUCAGCCUCUUCCAGGACUACCAGACGGUCACCCAUAAUAAGAAUGGCUUCAGACUGGGCAUGAAGUUGGAAGGCAUCGACCCUCAACACCCCUCCAUGUACUUCAUCCUCAGCGUGGCCGAGGUGUGUGGCUACCGCCUGCGUCUGCACUUUGAUGGGUAUUCCGAGUGCCAUGACUUCUGGAUCAAUGCCAACUCCCCUGACAUUCACCCCGCUGGCUGGUUUGAGAAGACUGGGCACAAGCUGCAGCCCCCCAAAGGUUACAAGGAGGAGGAGUUCAGCUGGAGCCAGUACCUGCGCAGCACAAGAGCUCAGGCUGCCCCCAAGCACCUGUUUGUGAGCCAGAGCCAUAGUCCCCCACCCCUGGGCUUCCAGGUGGGCAUGAAGCUGGAGGCUGUUGACCGCAUGAACCCAUCCCUCGUCUGUGUGGCCAGUGUGACCGAUGUGGUGGACAGCCGCUUCCUGGUGCACUUUGACAACUGGGACGAUACUUACGACUACUGGUGUGAUCCCAGCAGCCCCUACAUCCACCCAGUGGGCUGGUGCCAGAAGCAAGGAAAGCCCCUCACCCCUCCACAAGACUACCCAGACCCUGAUAGCUUCUGCUGGGAGAAAUAUCUGGAAGAAACUGGGGCCUCUGCCGUGCCCACCUGGGCCUUCAAGGUGCGCCCCCCGCACAGUUUCCUGGUCAACAUGAAGCUGGAGGCCGUGGACCGCAGGAACCCAGCUCUGAUUCGUGUGGCCAGCGUGGAGGAUGUGGAGGACCAUAGGAUAAAGCUCCACUUUGAUGGCUGGAGUCAUGCCUAUGACUUCUGGAUUGACGCUGACCACCCAGACAUCCACCCGGCGGGCUGGUGCUCGAAGACAGGGCAUCCCCUGCAGCCUCCUCUCCGACCGAGAGAGCCCAGCUCUGCCUCCGCUGGGGACUGUCCUCCUCUCAGCUGUCAGCGCCUGCCGCACGCCAGGACCUCCAAAUACAGCUUUCACCACCGGAAGUGCCCCACUCCUGGUUGUGACGGCUCUGGCCACGUCACAGGCAAGUUCACAGCUCACCAUUGCCUCUCGGGCUGCCCACUGGCCGAGAGGAACCAGACCCGGCUGAAGGCGGAGCUGUCCGACUCGGAGGCCUCGGCCCGUAAGAGGAACCUCUCAGGCUUCUCCCUAAGGAAGAAGCCUCGCCAUCAUGGCCGGAUUGGACGCCCUCCAAAGUAUCAGAAGAUCCCGCAGGAAGAUUUCCCGACACUGACUACCGAUGUCAUGCACCAGUCCCUCUUCAUGUCGGCCCUGUCGGCCCACCCUGACCGUUCACUCUCAGUGUGCUGGGAGCAGCACUGCAAGCUCCUGCCAGGAGUGGCGGGCAUCUCGGCCUCCACAGUCACCAAGUGGACCAUCGAUGAGGUCUUCAGCUUCGUUCAGACCUUGACAGGUUGUGAGGACCAAGCACAACUCUUCAAAGAUGAGAGCCCACCUGAUCACUGCUACAGAAUGGACUCUAGCCCGGCGGGGACCCCCAGUCCGCAGCCCUCAAGGGCCAAUGGGAACAUCAACCUGGGGCCUUCAGCCAACCCAAAUGCCCGGCCCACCGACUUCGACUUCCUCAAAGUCAUUGGCAAAGGUAACUAUGGGAAGGUCCUCCUGGCCAAGCGCAAGUCUGAUGGGACAUUCUAUGCAGUGAAGGUGCUGCAGAAAAAGUCCAUCUUAAAGAAGAAAGAGCAGAGCCACAUCAUGGCGGAGCGCAGCGUGCUUCUGAAGAAUGUGCGGCACCCUUUCCUCGUGGGCCUGCGCUACUCCUUCCAGACGCCUGAGAAGCUCUACUUUGUGCUGGACUAUGUCAACGGGGGAGAGCUCUUCUUCCACCUGCAGCGGGAGCGCCGGUUCCUGGAGCCCCGGGCCCGGUUCUACGCCGCUGAGGUGGCCAGUGCCAUCGGCUACCUGCACUCCCUCAACAUCAUUUACAGGGACCUGAAACCAGAGAACAUCCUCUUGGACUGCCAGGGACACGUGGUGCUGACGGAUUUUGGCCUCUGCAAGGAGGGUGUAGAGCCCGAGGAGACCACAUCCACGUUCUGUGGCACCCCCGAGUACUUGGCUCCAGAAGUGCUUCGUAAAGAGCCUUACGAUCGGGCAGUGGACUGGUGGUGCUUGGGGGCAGUUCUCUACGAGAUGCUGCAUGGCCUGCCGCCCUUCUACAGCCGAGAUGUGUCCCAGAUGUAUGAGAACAUUCUGCACCAGCCGCUCCAGAUCCCUGGGGGCCGGACGGUGGCCGCCUGCGACCUCCUGCAAGCUCUUCUCCACAAGGACCAGAGGCAGCGGCUGGGCUCCAAAGCAGACUUUCUGGAGAUAAAGACCCAUGUUUUCUUCAGCCCCAUAAACUGGGAUGACUUGUACCACAAGAGGCUGACUCCACCCUUCAACCCAAAUGUGGCAGGACCUGCUGACUUGAAACACUUUGACCCAGAGUUCACCCAGGAAGCUGUGUCAACGUCCAUCGGCUGCACUCCCGAUACGAUGGCCAGUAGCUCUGGGGCCUCAAGCGCAUUCCUGGGAUUUUCCUAUGCACCAGAGGAUGAUGCCAUCUUGGAUUGCUAGAAGAGAAGCACCUGUGAAACCAGUGAAGACAGCUGGUAUCCAUAAGGAAUUACCUUCAGCCGCUAGUAACAGAGACUCAAAGUAACAAUGGCUUACAUAAGAUUAUUUUUUACCAGCACAUAAAAGAAGACUGUGUUAGUGGUCCAUGGCUGGUACAGCAGGUUAUCAGAUACUCAGAGGCUUUGUGUACUUCUACUCUGCCAUCCUUGGCAAAUGGCUUUCAAUAGUAGGAUUGCUACAUUAUCUCAAGUUGGUUACUAGAGCUCUAGCCAUUGCUUCUGUGUCCUGGGCAAGGAAAAGUGAGGAAAGGAGGAAAAGCAAAAGGGCGCCUUUACAGAGCUCCCCCAGAAGCCCCACCUUUGUGGGGGCUUGACUUCUCCUUCCAUCUCACUAGCCACCCAUCCUACUGUAUGGAGGCUGGGAUGUGUCGUAUUAGCUGGGCACAUUACUACCCCUGAUAACACAGGGAUUCCAACACUAAGGGAGAAAGGGAAAACAUGGGGUAGACAACCAGCACCUCUUUCCCAGAGGGCCUCUUGGUGUUUGGAUUUUGAUUCCCAUGUGUAAAGUGACAGAGAUGUGACAAGCCUAUAGGGUAUCCCCAACAUCCUCUUACUUUUCUGUCGAUGGUUUCUAUGUUCUUUGUUGUGGGUGGUACUGGACUUUUGUUAUUAGGUUUGUCUGCCUGGCAUCUGAACCCCAUCCUAUAUGCAGGGACUCUCCUACUUUAUGAGCCUUGAUGAGGGGCAAUAACUAUCUCCCCUUAGAGUGGAGCUGAAAAUGCUAGAUACUGCUUUCCCAGCCUCCCCUGCAGCUAGGGCCAGGCAUAUGGCCUAGGGAUACACCUGCACCAGAUGUUGACUCAAGGGAGGGACUGGAAGCUCUCUUUCAUGUUGUAGCUGUGGUAACAGUACCCACAAAACCGAGCUCCUGGUAUAGAAGUGUUGACUGUGCAAAUUGCAGCAAUUGGUAUUCAGUGGCGGCAGCAGCAGCUUCCUCAUCAGAUCUGUGCCAUGUGUCAUUCCUGUCAUCCCUGGGAAGCCUUGAACCUCACUCUCUAGCUUUCCUCAUGAUUUCGAGAGUUUCUGAUCCUUUUCACAUACUCCUUUUUUGCUGAAGUGGCCAAAGCCAGCUUCAGAAACCUGCCUAUGCUGAUCCAGUUUCUGUGCCAGACUCUUUCAAGUCUAUUAUCAAUUUUCAGCCAAACAACCCCAAGGGAACUAUUACAUCCCCUUUUUACAGGGUCAGAGAAGUUGUUCCUUGCUUGAAGGUAGAUCCUGACUCUCGCAGCCUCCCCUGCAGCUAGGGCCAGGGAUGCAGCUUUGCCAGAUGUUGAGUCAAGAGAGGAACUGGGAGUGCUGUCUCAUGUGGCAGCUGUGAAACUAUUACUGUCCACUUUUUACAGGGUCAGAGAAGUUGCUUCUUGCCUGAAGGUCACAUAGCUAAUAAAGGCCAGAGCUGGGAACUGGAGCCACAGAAGCUCUCACGUGUAACCUUUGUGGUCUGCCCCUCACUCUGGCCAUUAGGUCCAAGCAGAAUGACUGUCAAAAUCUCUAAUGAGAGCCAAGUCAGGAAUUGGUUGGAACAAGCUAGGUGGUGGGAAAUGGGGUCUUCCAGAGGAGACAUUCAACUGGACGCUCAUGGUCUGAGCCUGGCUAUUUUCGUGCUGUCCUCCACCUCACAUGCACCCGUGUGAUUGGCAGGUCUGAGGCCAUGGGGAGCCCAGGCCUUGGACAGGGCUGGAGGCUGGUGCAGGCUUGGUGACCAGAGCCCUCGGGCCACCUAUGGAGCUCCAUGUGUUCAAAAUUAGUCAUUUCUAAAAGUGAUUCCGACUGGACAGAACAUGAGCACGUAACAUCCCACGAAUUCAGGACACCCUACACUUGUAGGAUGGAUCAUGCUGCCUUAUGUCAGGGAAAAGUGGCUUCUUUUUCACAAACCUGUGGUUCAUCACCUACUUCAGGGUGGUCUUAUUAGCUUUUUGGUUAGUGGACAAGAGGGGAUGUUUCUUAACAUCACUAUGUGCUGGUGAUUUUAAUGCCUUUUCCUCUUAACUCAGCCCCGCUCUUGCCUUCCAUCUUUGUUCACCCAGCCCCUGCCCCAGGAAUUAUAGGGGCUGAAGCUGGAAGACCAUGGAAAACACACCAAUGACAGACACUGACCUACUAGAGAUCGAAGCUGGGUCAGGAAGAGCUACUCUUACCCUUUGACAUGUGCUGGGAACUGUGCAAGAAACACUCUGAUUUGAUUUCUAUCUUAAUAGUGUCUGUUAAUUGACAAACGUGGAACAUGAUGAGGGAGAGGCAAAAAUUCCCCCAACUUCCCAAAGCAAAAAGCAAGACAGUGUAAUUGUCAGAAACAUGAUAGCAUUGUCGAAAGCACACAAUCUGCUACGGAUCACGAAACGCAAAGGGGUUCUAUCUGUUCUAAGACUGUAAGACCACAAAACUUUUACCAGGAUAGAAAAUAAAAAUGAAGAAAAAUGA